CUGGGAAUACUGCCAAUUGACAGUCUGAGCAUUGUAUCAAAAUUGUUCUUAAUCUCUGCAUAGGGGGGAGAGCGGCGAGAACAUUGAACCCUUGGAAAACACCUGGAAAGAAAAGACACAGAGAAUGUCCGACUCAAAAGAAGCCUUACUGGCAACAAUGAACGACUCAAACACUAUCGACCCUCCCCCAGCCUACGACCCCAUCACCACAUCGGCCGUGACAACGACGACGACAACAACGACAAAACUCCUCCCACGCCCUCCACCUCUCAAUCUCCCUGUCCUUGUCAACCUGCGCAACAAGCGCGUGAUCCUAGCAUCCUCCUCCCCACGCCGCCGCCAAAUCCUCUCCCAACUCCACCUUCCAAAACUCGAGAUAAUCCCAUCCACAAGCCCUGAGAACUUCCCUAAGACGAUGGCACCAUUCGAAUACGUCCUAGCAACAGCAACACAAAAGGCGCAAACAAUCUACGAGCAGGAAAUAAACAACGAGAACCGCGGUGAACCAGGCCUGAUCAUCGCCGCGGAUACAGUAGUCGUCGACGUAUCUACAGGCUCGAUACUAGAGAAGCCGCGGUCCGAGGCGCACCAUCUCUCCAUGCUAAAGACAUUGAGGGAUGCGAGGGAUCAUAAAGUUUACACUGCUAUCGCUGUUAUGGCGCCAUUGCAGUCCGCGCGGGAUCCUGGGUAUGCGCUUGAGACGGCUGUUGAGGAGACGCUUGUCCGGUUUGAUGGUGAGGUUACGGAUGAAUUGAUUCUGGCGUAUGUUAGGACCAGGGAGGGAGCGGAUAAGGCGGGGGGUUAUGGGUUGCAGGGGCUUGGGUCGAUUCUUGUUGAGAGGAUCGAUGGAAGUUAUGAUAAUGUUGUUGGGUUGCCGUUGAAGACGACAUUGAAGUUAUUUGAGAAGGUUGUUGCUAAGGCGGAGGAUGAGGAUAAGUAUGUUAUUGGGGAUGAGGAGGCUGAAGAUGAGGACUAG